GAGAACAAAGUCACAAGAUGUACACAUGAAACCUGCACAGUUCCCUUGAAGUUGUCCAGGUGUUUGGAGUUCAUUCAACGGUGCUGUCCAGUUAAUACAUCUGAUCUGUUCCUGUGUAUCACUAUACGUGAUACUUGCCAGCUGUAUUGUGGCGACCGCAGUCCCCAGCCCCCCUCUCCCCACCCCCCGCCCAAUGUAAGAGCCAGUGUUCAGCCCAGCCAGGAGGAGGUCAAUGUACAGCACAUGAUGGGCAGGCUCCUGGAAGUAAGCAGCCUCACCAAGGAGGAGUGUGAUCGCAUUUUACAAGUCAUCCAGAAGGACUUUGAAUUGCGUGAACAAGAGAAAAAGAGGCUGAGCUUGAUCAAGGAGGAGAUCAGUGAAGAGUCCACGAAGACCACAAUAUUGGCGAAGCAGAAGAACUUUAAUGAUAACUGCUGCAUGCGUUGUUUCCGGACAUUUGUGUUCUUAUUCCGAAGUCGUGUCCAUUGUGAUGUCUGCAAGUUUAAUGUCUGCAAGGAUUGCUGUUCCUGGAACAAGGAGGUGGAGGUGUACGUCUGCCAUGUCUGCCAGAGACAGAUUAAUUUAAAAUUGCAAAGCUGUGAUUGGUUCUAUGAAAAUGUUCGGAAGAGAUUCAAGAGGUUUGGAAGUGCCAAGGUGCUAAGAUCAUUGUACAAGAAAAACAUUGAGUCCGAGAGUGAAAAUGACAGUGGAUAUGACCAUUCCAUUAAAAGUACUCAACAAGGUUUUGGAAAAACUAGGCCGACAUUUCAAAACCUCUUCUUGGAAGAAUCACUGAAUGGCAGCGAUGGGUUGAUGCCACUGGAUGAGGUGGAAGCAGCCAGGCAGUCAUUUGACACAAUAAAGGCUGAAGAGUUUGUCAAGUUUCGAGAAGAUCUAAGCAACAUUUUGAAAGAAAUGGAAGUCGCACUGGACAGUCAUUCACAGGGUGCCCUAUCAGAGGAAGACCAAGGCACAUAUGAUGAGGCAAUGUCAGCGUAUCAGACUCAUAUUCGCAAUACUCUCGCAAACUUAGUGGGUACCAUGCACUCUGCUGAACUAAUGACAGCAGGAGGAGAUAUGAUGGCUGCUCCUACUCAUGAGAACAUCAAAGAACUGGUGACAAAACAAGCAGAACAGGUGCUUGGAAGGCCUUUGGAGUUGCCCAUUGUGGACCCCUCACUGCCCAAUACCUCAGUAGACAGUGGUCAGCCCUUUGAGGAUCUACUCUCCAGAGCACUGGUUCAUAAUGUGCUAGAAAAAUACAGACAUCAAGCCAGAACCAAACAGGAACAGUUAGAUUUAAGACAAACUGCACCUUUGUCCAAUGAAGAUUUGUCAACUAUCUCUGGUGUGGAUGAAGUGAAUUUAGAUGAUAGUACUCUCCAGGAACACCAGGUGCCACUACCGUCAUUCAAAGAAGAUGACAGUAUGAGAGAGGUGGACCCAGAUAUGCUGUCUGUGGCAGGGACAGAUUACUCAUCUGUGCUCCCUGAGACGGAUGUAGAGAGUCACUUGACCUGGGACACAGAAUCUGCUGUGUCCAACCGAAGUUGGACAGGAAAUUGGUUUUUUAGAGAGAAACAUCAAAUCUCCCCAUAUGAUAACUUUGGGAAUAAGAUAUUAGGUAAUACAGAGAGGGAAGACUCUUUGAUGAUGUAUGUUCCCAAAGCUAACCAGCCUCUUGCUGCCACAGUUGGAGAGAAGAAUGUUGAUGAUCUCUCUGAACUUUCUGAUGACACCCUGACAGAUGACGAGGAGGACACUGUGGAUAUGGAAUGUUCACCUGAUGUCUUGACAAAGUACCAACAUUUUCUGGAGGGAGAGGAAGAGGAUGAGGAUGAAGAUGAGCUAGAAUCUCUGGCAUCUUUCAAUGCUGCUAUUCUAGAUGACAGCGAGGGUUCUUUUUCUCCAAGAACGAGCUCUUUCAAAAAAGAAAAAAGAUCAGAAAAUUUGAAGAGUAAAAAGAAACAUGCCAGGAAGACUGGGGACAAAUUCCCAGCAGAGACCAGUCCGAAUAGCUCAGACAGGUUGGAAUUAUCAUCUCUGCAAAGAACAGCUGCAUCCAAUCAGCUUCCUGUACAAGAAGUUCAGGAUUCCACAAAGGAAAUUAAGUCUCCAAAAGAAGCAUCCCCAGGCCAUCUUACAGGCACAGUGAGUGAGACCAUAAGCGAUGACGAGCCAGUAGAGUCAGGAAUGGAAGUAGAUGAUCCAAAAUUUGUGAUAAAACCUAUAAGUGUCAAAGUCCUUGAAGGAGAAACUGCACAAAUUAAGUGUGAAGUAAAAGGCACACAGCCAAUAGAUGUCUUUUGGUAUCGGGACAACAAGACAGUGGUCCAGCUAGAAGAUGAAGAUAAAUACGAGUGCAGCACAGAAGCAGAUGUCCAUACACUGGAAGUGUUUGAUACCACCAAGGCUGACCAGGGCCAGUACAUGUGUAUAGUGAUCAAUGAGAAAGGGCAGUCCUACUGGACAUUUGGCUUGAAAGUUGAAGAUAACCCAAUGGAUAAGAGCAAACCUGAAUUCCUGAAACAACCAGCCAGUGUGGAGGUCAUUGAAGGUCAAAGUGCAAAGUUGAGGUGCAAGGUCAAGGGUUAUCCACCACCCAGGGUAUUGUGGUUUAAAGAUGGAAAGAAGAUCUAUAGCUCAGAAGAGUGCACAAUUAUGAAAACAGGCAAUAGAGACUACAUGCUGUAUAUUGAUGCAGCUUCCUUAGAUGAUGAUGCAGAAUACACGGUGUCUGCCAGGAAUAUCUGUGGAGAAGUGAAAUGUUCUGUAGAGCUGCUAGUAGAGCCUGCCCCAGAGGCACUUCCAAAUGUAGAAUCCAAGAGCAUCCCCCAGUCAGAAGUGAAAUCCAAGAGUAUCCUCCAGUUUGUACAAACAAGCAAAAACCCACCUGCUGGCAAAGAUGGCUCAAAGGAUACUAGAAAGCAAUCAGUUGAUGACAAUGUUUCUGCAAAAUCUGACUACAAUUCUAAUACUCAGCAUGCUAAAUCCACCCUUCCACAGUUCUCAGAAGAUGGCAAAUCUAAAAGUUUACAGAUGACUCAUUCACAGAAUAACAACCCAGAACAGGGUGUAGAACACCAUUUUCCCAGUGGUGAGAGACAGUAUCAUAUUGUAGAUGAAGAGGCACUAUUGACUGAACAUGAGAACAUGACAAGCACAGCCAAAACUGUGAGGAAGCUUACUUCAACAGCCCUCCAGGUCCUCAAUUCUGCUGAAGACAUAGUAAAGGCCAGUUCAGAUCAGGUAGCACAGGAACCCAAGGUCCAGAAGAAGAAAGUUCUGUCAGGAGAAAAGAGGAAAUCCACUGCCAUAUCUCCUGUUAAAGAAGGUGUUUCUGAGAGGCAUGAAGAGAAAUACACCAAAGGCUCAAAAAGUAAAAUCCCACAAGGGGGACUAAAAGCAGUGUCACAUCUUGAAGUGGACCCUCAGCCGAGCAAUCCAGACGAUGUGUUGAAAAUCCAAUGUGGGCUGCACAGAAUUGACUCUAAGAGAUACAAAAGGGAUUUUAUUGUGAACCGUAAAACAGAUAGUGUGAAACUUGCAGAAAGUGGUCCCAGUGCAAAGCUGGAGAGUAUUCCACAAGGGCAGUCUGUUGAUGAAGAGGUGGCAGAGCAGGAAGAGAAGAUCUAUAUGACAGCAGGCAAGGUGUUUUCCUUAGAGGACAGAAUUCAAAGACUUCAGCACCAGGUGGAGGAGACCACUGAGGACACAUCUAAUGAAGAUAUGUCUUACCUGGAGGACCAGGUGGCUAGAGCAGCGGCCCAGGUUACGCAGAGACAGAGAGAGGUGACGUCCAUAGAAACAAAAGUAGGGAGGCUUCACGAAAGAUCUUAUGAGAGAAAAAACAGUGAAGAGGCCCAUGAAGCUCAGCUCAGUUCUGAGGAGGAACCAGACAGCAGGGAAGAGGUGGAGGAACUUAGACUGCCAUCUGUUAAAAGUUUGAGAGAGAAGUUCAAGCAAGGACUUUAGUUUACUAGAGAAGAAUGACAUUCAAAAAUACUUUGUCUGCAUAAUGUAGAUUGCAAUGUAUAAGAUAGUGAUAUUAUUAAUUGACUCUUUCAAUGAAUCAUUCAAGGUAGCCUAGAUAUUAUAACCUUAAGGUUACAUGUAACUCAUUGGAAAAAUACAAAAUGGCUUCCAUAUGUCAGUUAUAGACAUAAAAUAAAAUCAAUUCCAUACAGUUAUUUAGCAGAUUGGAAGAAUUUUUAAAACUUCAUCUUCUCGUUCAUGGGGUUAGGUGCAGAGGGUGAGAAAACUGCUGAGUCAUUGCUUAGCCAGAGUACCUCUGUUCUUCCAGACAGUGCUACAAUCACAAUGUGUUCCCUUUUUUAAAAUGUUUUUUUUUUAAGAGUGAAACACCUUGAGCACCCUGAAUUUCAGAGUCUAGUGAGAACACACCUGUAUUAUGUGCUGGGUAAAGGUUCUGUAAGUUCCCACCAGGACUCAGAAUCUCAGGGUGCCUUGUGCUUGUUUCUGUGAAUUUGUCAACUCUGUGGUUUCAGCACCACUGUUUGGUGUCCAGCAGUUGUAGGAAUUGUUCUUUCUUACCAUAUUUUUAUUGGUUGAGGGUUAUGCACCAUGAGUGCAGUUAUUAUCACAAUUAUUUUGCUUAAAAUAUUUUUGGAAUAUAUAUUUACAUAAGGACUUACAGUUUAGACAAAUGUUUCUAUUGCAGCUGUUUUUCAUCUGUAGUUAAUUUACAAGAUUUUCAUUCAUGUGGAUAGUUUUUAAAUGUAGUGGUUAGUACUGUAUAUGUCAGAAGUCACAAGAUGGUCACUAAAUACAUGUCAGCUUUAUGUGGGGAUAACACUGGGAUAAAUUUGUUCUUCAACAUUAUAAGAAUAACUUACAAGUUUGUAGCCAUAAUACCAACAGGUCUGUUUUUCCGUUUUAUUGCUAAAACUUUUGUCUGUCAUAUCAGCAUCUAACAACACACAUUCCCAUGCAUGUAAAAAGUUUGACAAAAAGUGAAAUAGCUUUGAGAAUAAGCUUUUGCAUCUCACUACCUUAAACUGCCUAUUUAAAAUUUUCAGUAUUAGUUGUGAAAUCAAGCUUCCAGGCCUUUUUAAGUGGGUGUCAGCUGUUGUGCCUUGAAAAUGUGACAUGCAUUUGAGAAACUGUUUAUAAAAUCAUACAUUUCUGUUGACCAGCAUUCCAAUCUGGAGACAUUUUAUAGAUUAUACUAAUUUUUGGAACACCAACUUUUAGCUGUUCGAGAUUAUCUUUGUUUAGGUAAUGCAGUUACUUGCACAUAUUUGACUCUUUCUGCCUUUCAGUGGGAUAAAACUUUUUGUAUAGGACUUCUUACUAGACAGAUUUUUGAGACAGAAUGAUUGAAUUAGACAAGGACUACAUAGGAGAUAUAUUUGACAGUGACACCAGUGGGGACCUGUUUUAUAUUUAUUCUUGCAAAAUGACCCUAUUUGUGAUAUAAAGUGAUAGAGCAUGUUAAGCUAUUAAGUCACUCAUACACUGCAAAUUUUCUUGGAAAAAUAACUAAU